CAUGGUGAGUGGAGCCGGGUCCCUCCAGGUGGAGCUGCCUGGUGCGUUGGGUGGCGGGAACAGGCCAGGGUGUUCCUGUAAUCUGCAAGCCCCAGGCGGGCGCCUCCCCGUCCACCUGCUUUCUGAGCCCGGGGAGCCCAGAUAGGGUGUCUCUGCUGCUGAUAAGGUCCAAUGUGAGGACCCAGAUAUUCUAGGCCCAGGCAGAGGCUGCGGAGCCUCAGGCAGCCCCAGCUGUUCCUCCAGCAAAACUGACUGACCCUUGGAGGGUUCCUGGUUAGGAACCACCAUGCCCUCUGCAUUGGGCUUCUUCAGAGCCGAUGCUAAUCACAGCUUUCUGAAGGCAGCAAGAUCGGGUAACCUGGACAAAGUUUUGGAUCUCCUGCGGAAUGGGGUAGAUAUUAACACCUGUAACCAGAAUGGAUUGAACGGCCUGCAUCUGGCUUCGAAAGAAGGCCAUGUGAAAAUGGUGGUUGAGCUUCUGCACAAAGAAAUCAUUUUAGAAACGAAAACCAAGAAAGGGAACACCGCCCUGCACAUCGCUGCCCUUGCUGGUCAGGAUGAGGUGGUCCGGGAGCUGGUCAACUAUGGUGCCAAUGUCAACGCCCAGUCACAGAAGGGCUUUACACCACUGUACAUGGCAGCACAAGAGAAUCACCUGGAAGUAGUUAAGUUUUUACUGGAAAAUGGAGCUAAUCAGAAUGUAGCCACAGAAGACGGCUUCACUCCCCUCGCUGUGGCUCUGCAGCAGGGCCACGAGAACGUGGUGGCACACCUCAUCAACUACGGGACGAAAGGGAAGGUGCGCCUCCCCGCCCUGCACAUUGCGGCCCGCAAUGACGACACCCGGACAGCUGCGGUGCUUCUGCAGAACGACCCCAACCCGGAUGUGCUUUCCAAGACGGGAUUUACCCCACUCCACAUUGCAGCUCACUAUGAGAACCUCAACAUGGCCCAGUUACUCCUCAACAGGGGAGCCAAUGUCAACUUCACGCCACAGAAUGGCAUCACGCCGCUGCACAUUGCUUCCCGCAGGGGCAACGUGAACAUGGUGCGGCUCCUGCUGGACUGGAAGGCCGAGAAAGAAACAAGGACCAAAGACGGAUUGACACCUCUCCACUGUGCAGCUCGGAAUGGGCAUGUCCACAUCUCAGAGAUCCUGCUAGACCACGGGGCGACCAUCCAGGCCAAAACCAAGAACGGCUUGUCCCCAAUUCACAUGGCGGCUCAGGGAGACCAUCUUGACUGUGUUCGACUUCUAUUGCAAUACAACGCAGAAAUAGACGACAUCACUCUGGACCACCUGACUCCACUUCACGUGGCAGCCCACUGCGGUCAUCAUAGAGUGGCCAAGGUCCUUUUGGAUAAAGGGGCCAAACCAAACUCCAGAGCCCUGAAUGGCUUCACCCCCUUACACAUCGCUUGCAAGAAGAACCAUAGCCGUGUCAUGGAGCUGCUGCUGAAGACCGGAGCCUCGAUUGACGCAGUCACCGAGUCUGGCCUGACGCCUCUCCACGUGGCUUCCUUCAUGGGGCAUCUUUCCAUCGUGAAGAACCUCCUGCAGCGGGGAGCGUCGCCCAAUGUCUCCUCCAACGUGAAAGUGGAGACCCCAUUACACAUGGCAGCCAGAGCAGGGCACAUCGAAGUGGCCGAAUAUUUGCUCCAGAACAAAGCCAAAGUCAAUGGCAAGGCCAAGGAUGACCAGACCCCACUUCACUGUGCAGCUCGCGUUGGCCACGCAAACAUGGUGAAACUCCUGCUGGACAACAAUGCCAACCCCAACCUCGCCACCACCGCUGGGCACACCCCCCUGCACAUUGCAGCCCGAGAGGGCCAUGUGGAGACAGUCCUGACCCUUCUGGAAAAGAGAGCAUCCCAGGCCUGCAUGACUAAGAAAGGAUUUACCCCUCUCCAUGUGGCAGCUAAGUACGGGAAGGUCAGGGUGGCAGAGUUGCUGCUAGAACAUCCAAACGCCGCUGGAAAAAACGGCUUGACUCCUCUGCAUUUGGCUGUUCAUCACAACAACCUGGACAUUGUCAAGCUGCUGCUUCCCCGGGGCAGCUCCCCACACAGUCCUGCUCUGAACGGCUACACCCCUUUGCACAUCGCUGCCAAGCAGAACCAGAUGGAGGUUGCCUGCAGUCUCCUGCAAUAUGGGGCAUCAGCGAAUGCAGAGUCAUUGCAAGGAGUGACACCCCUUCACCUGGCUGCCCAAGAGGGUCACACAGAGAUGGUUGAACUGCUCCUUUCCAAGCAAGCCAACAGCAACCUGGGGAACAAGAGUGGACUCACUCCCCUCCAUCUGGCUGCACAAGAAGGCCACGUUCCAGUGGCAACGCUGCUGAUUGACCACGGUGCCACAGUGGAUGCCGCCACCCGGAUGGGUUAUACUCCACUCCAUGUGGCCUGUCAUUACGGAAAUAUCAAGUUGGUGAAGUUUCUGCUACAGAAGAAGGCCAAUGUCAAUGCCAAGACCAAGCUAGGAUACAGCCCCUUGCACCAGGCAGCCCAACAAGGACAUACAGAUAUUGUGACUCUUCUUCUGAAAAAUGGUGCUUCCCCAAAUGAGGUCAACUUUAAUGGAGCCACACCCCUGGCAAUAGCAGAGUGCCUGAACUACAUUUCUGUAACAGAAGUGCUCAAAGUUGUCACGGAUGAAAUUGGUGUGAAGUCUGACAAGCACCUGAGGAGUCUCCCUGAGACAGUAGAUGAGAUUCCGGAUGUCUCCGAAGAUGAAGGGGAAGACUUUGGCUUCAGAGCUGAGAAGUAUUCCAGGGAUGCAUAUGAAGAAAAAGAGCAACUGGACUUUAUGCUAGACCAAAUGAUGGAAUCCCCAGCCAUUCCGAGGAUUCCUUGUGUCACACCUGAGAUCGGGCUCUUCAGAACUGAUGAGGAGCAGGCACUUGGAGAAUAUGAUGAAGACUCGCUUAUCCCCAGCAGCCCCGCCACAGAGACCUCAGACAACAUCAGCCCAGUGGCCAGCCCAGUCCACACAGGAUUUUUGGUGAGCUUCAUGGUUGACGCCCGGGGAGGCUCCAUGAGAGGAAGUCGCCACAACGGCCUAAGGGUGGUGAUCCCACCUCGGUCCUAUCCUUCGCCCACGCGCAUCACCUGCCGCCUGGUCAAGCCCCAGAAGCUGAGCACACCACCCCCACUGGCCGAGGCAGAGGGCCUGGCCAGCAGAAUCAUCAUGCUGGGACCCACGGGGUUCCAGUUCUUGGGCCCCGUGUUUGUGGAGAUCCCCCACUUCGCCUCCCAUGGCCGUGGGGACCGAGAGCUGGUAGUUCUGAAGAGUGGAAAUGGCUCCAUGUGGAGGGACCAUGAGAAGAAAUACAGCGAAAGUGACCUGGAUGAGCUCCUCAGAGGGACGGACGAAGAGCUGGAGAGCCUGGAAGAGCUGGAGAAAAAGAGAAUCUACCGUAUCACCACCGACAGCUUCCCCUUGUACUUCAUGAUCGUGUCCCGGAUCUACCAGGACUCCGAUAGCAUCACCCCUGAAGGGGGCUCUCUGAAGAGCAAGCUGGUCCCCCUGGUGCAGGCGACUUUUCCAGAAAAUGCUGUCACCAAGAAAGUGACGCUGGCUUUGCAGGCCCAGCCUGUACCCGAUGAGCUAGUCACCAAACUCCUGGGCAACCAGGCCACCUUCAGCCCCAUUGUCACCGUGGAACCGAGGCGCCGGAAAUUCCACCGCCCCAUAGGGCUUCGGAUCCCGCUCCCUCCUUCAUGGACAGACAACCCUCGGGACAGCGGAGAGGGGGAUACCACCAGCCUGCGCCUGCUCUGCAGUGUUAUUGGAGGAACAGAUCAAGCCCAAUGGGAAGAUAUAACAGGCACAACCAAGCUGGUGUACGCCAAUGAGUGCGCCAACUUUACCACCAACGUCUCUGCCAGGUUCUGGCUGUCAGACUGUCCUCGGACUGCUGAGGCCGUAAACUUUGCUACUCUGCUGUACAAGGAGCUUACUGCAGUCCCCUAUAUGGCCAAGUUUGUCAUCUUUGCCAAGAUGAACGACUCCCGAGAAGGACGGCUGCGCUGCUACUGCAUGACGGAUGAUAAAGUGGAUAAGACCCUGGAGCAACACGAGAACUUUGUCGAGGUGGCCCGGAGCAGAGAUAUCGAGGUUUUGGAAGGAAUGCCCCUCCAUGUGGAACUCUUCGGGAACCUGGUACCAGUCAGAAAAGCUGCCCAGCAGCGCACCUUCUACUUCCAAGCCUUUCAGGAGAACUGUUUGGCCAUACCUGUAAAGGUGCGGGACAGCAGUCGAGAACCAGGAGGAUCCCUGUCAUUUCUGCGCAAGGCGAUGAAGUAUGAGGACACCCCACACAUUCUCUGCCACUUGAACAUCACCAUGCCUCCCUGCACCAAGGGGAGUGGAGCUGAUGAUAGGAGAAGGACGCUGACACCCCUGUCCUUGAGAUACAGCAUUCUCAGAGAAUCACCACUGGGUGACCUCAAUGGGACAGAUCAAGCAGACAUGAAAAUGGCUGUUAUAUCAGAGCACCUUGGCCUCAGCUGGGCAGAGUUGGCCCGGGAGCUGCAGUUCAGUGUGGACGACAUCAACAGGAUCCGCGUAGAAAAUCCCAACUCCUUGCUGGAACAGAGUGCAGCCUUAUUGAACUCCUGGGUCACCCGUGAAGGACAAGAUGCAAAUAUGGAGAAUCUCUAUACAGCCCUGAGGAACAUUGACCGGAGCGAGAUUGUGAACAUGUUGGAGGGCCCUGGGAGACAAUACCGCAGCCUGAGACCAGAGCGGCGGCACACCGACCAGGACUACUUCUUGUCACCCCCUCAGAUGAAUGGUUACGCCUCGCUGCAGGACGAGCUGCCGUCCCCCACCUCCCUGCACUACGUGCUUCCCUCUCCGCUGCGUGCAGACCAGGACUGGAACGAGGUGGCCGUCCUAGACGCCAUCCCCCUGGCGCCCACGGAGCAUGACACCAUUCUGGAGAUGUCUGACAUGCAGGUGUGGUCUGCGGACCUCACACCCUCCCUGGUCACUGCUGAGGACUCCUCUCUGGAGUACAGCAAGGCCGAGGACUCUGAUGCCACGGGCCACGAGUGGAAGUUGGAGAGAGCGCUCUCUGAGGAACCGCAGGGCCUCGAGCUGGGCUCUCUGGACCUUGUGGAGGACGACACAGUGGAUUCAGAUGCCACAAAUGGCCUUAUUGAUUUGCUUGACCAGGAGGAAGGUCAGAGGUCAGAAGAGAAGCUGCCAGGUUCUGAGAGGCAGGAUGACCCAACAGGUGCAGGGCAGGACUCAGAGAAUGAAGUGUCUCUUGUUUCAGGCGAGCAGAGUGUGCAAGCCCGAAUCACAGAGUCUCCCACCGUGAGUCAGAUGAUGGAGAAGAGCCAGGACAGACUGCAGGACCCACAAGAUGCCACACAAAGUUCUCAGCAGGAGGAGGUCAUGGAAGACCCACACUCGUUCCAGACAACGGACAGUGGGUCUCAGGAGCAUGAGACCGUCCUGGUGUCUGCAACCGAGCACAUGGGGACAGAGCAACUUGAGGCUGAGAGCACCUUCUCCCAGGAGUUAGAGGAUCAUACCUCGACACCCAACCCCUGAACUCCACACACUCUGCCAUGCACACAGGAGGAGAGCUGGACCAGAGGGCAACAGAAGCGGUGCACACGUUCCUCUAGGCUCACGGCAUGAUCUCUGUAAGAGACUUCCUGUAGUCUCCUAUUCGCAUGAACGACCGACUGUAGACGCAUGACCUACAGUCCUCAAUCCUGCCUCUAGUGACAGAUCUCUGUCGGAAUCAGGACAAAAGCAGCAAGAAGGGGAGAGAGAGAGAAAAAAAAAAAAAGAAAGACACCUGAAGAGAGAGUGAGAACGCCAAAGUCAACAAGGGCUCUUUGUGGCUGGGGAUGGUAUUUCUUUUUAAAUCAUCUUAAUUUUGACCUCGUACAGGGUAGAUUUUUUUUUUUUCAACCUCAUCAGUAAGAAAUCCAUGUGGGCUUCCUGUAAAGAAAAAAAGAGAAAGGAAACCAGGCAAGAAAUAGUUCAGCACCUUAAUCCCACGUCCCCAUCUGCCAGGCUUCCCCAUCCACCACACAACUCCAUUCCAUUUGUGACUGUCCCCUUCCGUUCCCCAGUGGGACUGCUCCUCCCAGAACGCGCCACAUGACCUUCAGGACACACACACGUUCACCUCUCCCCUCCACUCAGUAUACACAGAUUUUACUGUGAUGUCGGAAGCUAUAUAGACUCUCCUGUGGAUAAACUGGAAUUUUUUUUACAUUGUCUCUCUCUCUCUGCCAGUUUCAGUAUUUAUCAUCUUCCAAUGAAAAAUCAUUACCUUUAGAGUGCAUUCGGGGUUCCUUGUGUUAGGGACUUAAGAAUCUGAGGUGAGGACCCCCAGGCUUAGCUGUAGGGCUCAAAGGGAGCCGGCACCCCAUCUGAAAGGGUCUUCUCUCUCAGUUGGGGGAGGGCCGGUGGCUGUCCCAGGAUUUGCACCAGCAUGUUCAGUAGAGAAGAGGUUUUCUAUAUCUUCAAGCACUUAUAUCAUAGUCUGUGUUCAAAGUGUAAACUGUACAGUAAUCAGCCUUGUGUAUAUGAAAAACAAUAAAUACUAUGCAAACCAAUAGAAACACUUUAGCAGUAUGUACAAAGCACUAACAGCUGAGCUCCUGAGGACUUCUCCAGGCUGCAGGAGAAGGAGCUACAUACAGCCUGUCCUUUCAGUGAAAGAGAAAGGAAGGGAGUUGAGCUAGUGAAUGUAUCUGCCAGUUCUUAGAAGUCAGCGACAAUCCCAAGGUCUCCCAGAGCGAACUUGGUGCUGUAACUCCAGGCAGCCGGCAGGAUGGGGGGUCAUGGGUGCCGGUACUAGGCUCUCGGGCUCGACAGCCUCAGUACCCCCACUUGACUGACCAAGCCCCUCUCGCCCCACCUGGAGAGGCAGAGCGAGGGGACCACUCCUGACCACAUGCCCAGGGAAAGGACAGCAGGAGAAGAGAGCAGCUGACGACCAAGUUGCCCGGGGCUAGGAAGGAGACCCUUCUAGGCCAGGCUCCGGGUCAGGGCAGAAAGGAAGCUCGCCUCGGUGCCAUCAGGGAAGAGCCUUAAAGUUACACUAGCGCCUCCGGCCGAGAGAGGCCCGAAUCAGCACAACACGCCCGGCCGUCGGCGGCCGGCGCCCUCUAGGGCCAGGAGAGUGACUCCGGCAGGCUCUUCUCGCUCUCCAAAGAGCCACUGUUUGUGGAUGUCCUUUGUCACUUCCUCCCCUGCCGCUCGUCUGAGUUGUCCUCGGGACACCUUUAAACCUUCCGAGUAGCACAGAGCUCCCUCAGUGUCAGAGACCCCAAGGCCCUGUGCCUGCGACCAGCCCCAAAGAUCUCCCCGCGGCGCGGGGACAGCUGGCCUCUCGUCACAGGGCCCCAGCCCGCCGGUCCGGCCCCC